CUCCGCCUCCUCCUCCUGCUGGGCGCUGUCUUGAAGACCCAGGAGUCCCUGGCGCAGCCUCUAACCACCCCAGGCAGCUUGAAGUCAGAAGGGACGAUGGUGGAGCAGUAUGAGACAAAUGUCCAAUCUUGCUGGCUAGAGUAUAAGAAGCUUAUGGACCCCCUUGAAAAGGAUUGGUGUGACUGGGCCAUGAUCAGCAGGCCUUAUAGCUUCCUUCGCGACUGCUUGGAGUUCUAUGCUGACUACUUUGACCUGGGCUUCCCCAAUCCCUGGGCAGAGAGGGUCAUCUUUAAGACUCAUCAGAUGCACUUUGCCAACUGCUCCCUGCUUCAGUCCACCUUCUGCGACCCCCCGGAGGAUGUGCUCCUGGCCAUGAUCAUAGCCCCCAUCUGCCUCAUCCCCUUCCUCGUCACCCUUGUGGUGUGGCAGAGUAAAGACAGUGAGGCCCGGGCCUAG